AGCGGGGCGCAAAUGGGCAUUAAGGCGCUGCAGUGAGCGCAGCGGGGGACCGAGGCGUCAUAACGAGCAACUUUCUAUGGAGGCAGCGCUGUAUUCAUCUGGCAUAUUACAGUAUGGAGGAGUUUUUGCUACGUGCCAAAUCUGUGCUGGAAUCUGGUUCUCAGUGUUCAGGAAUUCAUGCAGUUUUGAGUCGAGAGGAGGCUGAUGUGGAUUCUGUGGCUGCAUCGCUGGGCUACGCGUAUUUCCUCAGCCAGAAGGAGCCUGGGGAUCGGCUAUGUGUGCCCAUCCUGAACCAGCGCCGGUCCCAGCCGGCUGUGCCAGAUGAGACCUGGGCUUUUCUGCAGCGGCUCGGCGUGGCAGAGGCCGCCCUGCUCUGGAGAGACGACAUCGACCAGUUCAGGCUGCAUGCAGCCAGGAAGCUGACGGUCACGCUUCUCGACAGUGACGCCAUCACCGGGGGGAAGGCAGGCUCCCCAGCAUCAAGCGAUGUCAAAGUGAUCCAUCGCUCCGAGCGACGGGGGGGAGCCAGCGAGGCGGCUUCGCUGACAGCAGCGGUCGCCAGGGAGAUUCUCCAAGAGGCAUCGGAGCGGCUGGCGCCCCCCCUGGUCGGGCUCCUCCGAGAAGCCCUUCUGGUGGUGUCCAGGGAGCGCCUAACCAAAGAUGGCUGCCUUCCCCCCGACUGCGAGGAGCUCCUCGGGGAGCUGGAGCGGGGGUGUCCACAGCAGGACCAAGGCGGCCAUGUGGGCGGGAGCCCAGCUAGAGGAGACAUCCGAGGUAUAAGCACAGAUGAAAUCCUCCUGAGAGAGCAGAAGGAGCUGUCGGACGGGGACGUCAAGCUGCUGAUCAGCGUGGUGUCCUUGGACCUGGAGGACUACAGUACCCAUCCAAGUGUCAUUUGGGAUUUGAAGUCAUUUUGUGAUCGCCAUGGUUACCAGGGGCUUGUUCUGGUGUCAUCUACCCUAUAUGAAGUACAUCAUCAGUGUCAACAGGUGGCAGUGUACUCUACGAACAAGGAUAUUUUCAACCAGAUUUGCUGUCAGUUGGAGGAAGCCAAUAACUCCAGCUUGGACAUGGAGCCGCUCAGCUGCACAAUACAUGCACUUCAGCUGUAUAGGUGCAGGAAUACAGCAGUCUACACCGAACAGGUGGUCGUGCUCGUCAAGGAGUUCCUGGAGAGGAGGCAGCGCUCGAUGGCCCAGAACAGUCGGACAUCGUCCACCGAAGGUGUCGCCGGCAGCGCGCCCCUCUCCCAGGCCUCCUCCGGCAUCAUGGACAUGAACAGCUCCGACGCCGAGCCUGCCUCCACCAUCUCCAUCCACUCCUUGGAGAACCCCGCUGAGCUGAGCGAGCCGCAGCAGGCCUUCGGGGAAGGCAGGCCCGAGCUGCUGAGCCCGGACAGCGGCAUGGCCACAGUGCGCAGCAGCCGCUCCUCCAAAGAGAGCUCGGUGUUCCUCAGCGAUGACAGCCCCAUGGGAGAGACGACUGCAUUCUUCCAGAACCCAGCUCUCGGCCUGUGCGUGGUGGCCACUGCUUUAGAUCAAGGUGCACUAGAGCACAGGCCUUCUGUGAGAAAUAAAAGUGACAACUCUGACCUUCUUAGUGUAGAUCCCAUGCACGAUUGCAGCAGCUCUCCUCCAGACGACGAUGUCAGACUUUGUGGUACUACCAAAGAACACGUGGCUUCUAGCCUGUUAGAAGACGGUGAGUUGAGUCUUAUAGAUUUCUAUGAUUCCGAUGGACAGAGAGUAAGUGAGGGAAGCUAUUUGUCAGAGGAUAGAUUUUCCUUGCCUUGUAUGGAGCAGUCUGGGAGUGAUGGCUCAGAUACCAGAAUCCCACCCACACCCAUGAACAGUUUUGUUGAAAACUCACCUCUUAGUCAAGGACUGCCAAAGUUCUUUCCUGAAGAUAUCAUGGAGAAAAUCAAUGUAAUUGUAAACAAAGAGAGUGUCUCAUCAUCUGAGGCCUGGGAUGACCUUGUGUCAGACGCCAAGGAGUCAACUUCAAAUGAUGCUAUCAUAUGGAGUCUAGCAGAGGUGAGAGGUAUUGGUGAGAAAAGUCCAGAUAUUGGCCUGAACAGUAGGAUGGAACUAAACGGGACUGGAGAGAGAGAAAAGGAAGAUCAUCUAAUACAGGAGGGCAGCCAGUCAAGUUACCUCAGUGACUCACUCCUCUGGUCGCCUUCUGCUAUGAAAGAUGCAUUAAAUGUAUUUGAAUGGAAUGUGGAUGUACCAGACUCCAGCCAAGCUGCAACUCAACAUGAACAGGUAUCUAACCUAACAUUAGCCAACGUGCUAAUUCAGCAAGUUAUAUGUAAUUCAUGUGAUGACCUUAACAGUGACACACUCGAAACAAAUGAAUCCAUGGUCAAAUCCUCAAAAUCUGGAAUUCAUAUAGAGAAUAAUGAUAAUGCUAAUAGCAAAGACCCACAUUAUACAUGCUCAGAGGGUACUAGUCCAGAAAUAUGUUUAAUGCAAAAUGAUUCAAGCUAUACUGCAAGCACCAAAAACGUUUGUUUGGUCUCAGACAUUACUAAUUUAAAAGAAAACCUACAGUUAAUAGAAAUGAAAGACUGUGUGUCCUACAGUGACAGUGUGAUUGCCUCUAGACCAGAGGGUCUCUCUGCAGAUUAUGAUCUCUCACUGAUAGAACUAAACGAAACAGAAUUAUCAUCAUUAACUUCCAAAGAAAUCGGCCCAAUGCAUCUGGACAGACACUUUUCACAUCUUAAACUCCGAAGCCAGUUCACUGAGUCGCCGGACGACUUAGCUGUUUCUCACAAGAAUGCAAAGGAAAGUGCUGUGGAAUCACAAGAAAAAAGCUCACUGCUUUCAGAGGAUCUUUUCCUGCAGAAUAUCCAAAAUGAUCCCCCUAAUGAAAACGACCCAAGUCUAGACAGCUUCGGUACAUGGAACCCCUUUGUUCAAACAGUUCAGCCAGCUGAAGUGUACAAUAGCUGGGCGCCGAACAUAGGUGUCUCAGACAUGUGGAAUUCAGAAAUCCUUGGUGAUCUUCAGUCAGUCCCAGUGGGUAAAGAGAAGAACGUUCCAUUUUUUAAUACGGAAGGGCCAUCAGUGGUUGAAAAGCCAAGAACAAUGGAAGCACAAACGAAACUCAUGCCAGAAACCUGCAAAGGGGCUGCACCCCUUGAGUCAGAUUUUGACCCUUCUUCUGUUGAGAAUGGAAUUCAGACAUCCUGCGCCAUUUUUAAUCUGGAGUCACUUGAUAUGUGGAACACAACUAUCUGUGAUGAUUCGCAGUCAACCGUCACAAGUCCUGAAACAGCUGACCACUCAGAGGCAUCUGAGCAGUGCAGCAGUCGUGCCCAGGGAGACUCCAUGGGUUGCCUUUCUCAGGAUAUCCACCGAAACAUGGAAAUGUGGAACACCACGAUACUGGAGGACGCCCAGCCUACUAGCCCUCAAACAGGAGAUGACGGCAUAGAAGCAGGAUCAUGUGAAACACCUUUCAGAAAUGACUCGCAGGAAGGUCAUGAGGAAACAGAUGUGGGAAGUUCUAAGGACACAGAAAAUAUUCAGUCUAGGCUUUGGAGCUGGAGUGAAACUAGCACAGAAAUCUACAGCCCAGAAAGUCAGAACGAGUCAAAAACAACAAAUUAUAUUCCGGAUUCCCAAAUUCUGUCAGCUGAUAGGUCAUCGAAUGAGACAUCAGCUAGGUCUGAUCGAGCUGCUGGACUGUUACCAGAAAACAGCAUCGACAGUGGCCAACAGCACACUUUUAAUGAGCUAACAUUAGACACCAAAACUGGCAUAAUACUAAAAAUGGAUAAUAAGAAUAUAUACAAACAAGAGACGCAAUUUAGUGCAGCAGAUGAUGAAAUGAAUUUGAAUUUUGACUUUCACGACACAAUAUAUUCUACUGAACCUGAAAAGGAGUCUGAAACGGAGCUGGAUCACGUUCAUAAUUUUGAACAUAGACAGAAAUUUCUAGAUCAUCAGUCGUCGGAGAAAAAUCUUCACGCUAUACCCAUCAGUAAACAAAUGGUUAAAUCAGUAUCACAGUAUGACAAUGUAGACCCUGAAGUUCAAUGGGAUCAAGCCCCCCCUAACUUCAUGACUUAUCAGGAGACAAACACACUCACUGAAUCAUCACCACAAAUAGAAGAUCAGUCAACAUUAACAGACGAAUGUAGGCAUGAUGCAGCAUCUACUGAGCUAGCCUUUUAUUUUGGGUCAGGUUUACUUCAUGAUGGAGAUGGUUGUGCUCAGGAAACUGAGAGGGUCUUUCCAGUACAUUCUAGGGAGACUUAUGAGAAAUUUCAGGUAGAACGAGCCAAGGAAACUGAUAACAGAAAUCUGGAUUUCUUGACUCCACAGAGGCAUUUGCAUUCUUCAAAGGAGAAGGUAGUUCCUCAAAUUGAAAUAUGUGAUAAUUCGGAAACAGAAACACUUUUCAUUAAUGACCUAAAUCAACAAAAAGAAGACAUUUUCAAAAAAUCAACAAAGUUCCCGUCUAAUCUGUGUCCUGCUGAUAGCACAGAUGAUGAAAAAACCAAGAGGCAAGAGUCAAGCCAUCAUAUGAGAAAUGAAUCUCUCACAUUCUUGGGGGUUGAAGGGGAAGGUCACACGGCCAAACAUGUCAGCAGCCCUGAAUCAGGAAGAAACAUGUCAGAUGGUAGUUGGGUGGACAGUGAAUAUGAAAAUGAUGUUGAAUCGAUGGAGGAAACAAGCCACUUCUCACCAUUUAUACUUCUGGAUGAUUCACUUCACUCAGAUAGCAGCAUGUUCCCAUUGAACCAGGUAGAUGAUUCUGUCACAAGUGACCUUCCAAGUGCUGAUGGGGCAGCGUACCUUAGCAAGGAUUACAACAAGUCCUCUAACUGCAGUGACUUCUUGUCUGUUGAGGAAUUAGAAACUGAAGAUAUCUUUUUAGCUACUCCCACGCAAGUAGAUGAACGUCCAAACAUGGCUUGUAUUGACUCUGAGACCAGAGCAGUUGCCCUAGAGGCAAUGAGCCCAACAUUGUGGGAUAUAGACACGCUGGACAGAAAGCAAGGCAGCUCCGAACGCCUCCAACUUGAGAGCCGAGAUGAUGUGAGAUCCUUCUCAGACGGGGACUCCUCUGGGUUGGAGAUGGAGUAUAUUAUUGUUUCAGGGCAAGGAACAGUCCAGGAAGGUGAUGGAAAAUGCAGAACAGAAAACAUUACUCCAGAUCUAUUAAGCAGUCCAGUAGAUAAAAAUAAACCUUGCACAAAGGAUGCACAUGCAAAAGCCCACUGCCAAAGGGAUACAAAUGUAAAAAGUUCAGAAAUAAAUGCGGAGUUCCAGCUAAACAUCACCUUACCCAACCGCUGUCAAGAACCUGCAGAUGUGAAAAGCAGUGCUUCAGUCAGGGACAUAUUUACUCGUUUUAAAGCCAAAGAUGACGUGUAUGUCCGGUCACAGAUUUCGCUGGAAGAUUCGGAUGAUGAGGAACGAUCUACUCUAGGAACCCAGGGGUGGACACUGCUGGAUAGACAGAACAAGCUGGUGGAUUCCCCUGAAGAAAGCUCUGCAAUAACUGAUAGCCCUCUAGGUGGUUCAGGGGGGUUUACGAAGGAUAUGGACUCACCAUUGGCCAGCAAUGCCAGGAAAGGAGCAGAUGGCAUCUUUUUGCAUUUCACAGGCUCUGACAUCAACUGUGUGGUUCAUGAGAGAGAGAAGCAAAAUAUCAUCCAUGGCUUUAGCCAACACACUCAUUUGGCUCAGCCACCUCCAGUGGGCAUAAUCCCAGUGCCAAUGAACUCAUUUGGAAGGAAUAGAGAACCGGAAUGGACAAUUGGGGAUCAGAUCGAUAAAGAUGAUGAGGAAGUCGUAGCAGAGCAGCUAAUAGAUGAGGAAGACGCAGCCGGAGUGAUGUGGGAGAAAACACGGAGUUCUUCGGCAGGAAUUCUGCAGGCUGCUGGCUUCAGAGGCAUCAGGCACGAACGUCUCCCCAUGGGGAGCCUUGAUGACUCGCAGGCUAGUCUGAUUGUUCGAUGGACGGAGAACAAAGACCUUGCCCAGUGCACGGUUUCAGGGUCCCCAACAGAGGAUGUGGGGAUGGACAGCCAGCAUGACGAGGACGUGACAAGUCCCAGUGGGGCAGAGAACAGACCAGCGCCCCCUUCCUCACUGGACCUGCAUGGGACCCAUCCCCAGCGCAAGAAGCUGGCAGCCCCAGAGAUUAACCUGUCACUGGAUCAGAGCGAAGGCUCCAUCCUGUCAGACGAUGCCCUGGACACACCGGAUGACCUGGACAUCAACGUGGAUGACAUGGAUACGCCGGAUGAGGCUGAUUCCCUGGACUAUGCUGGCCAUGGCAACGAGCAGGAGUGGCAGGAAUCCCAACAGGACACUCUGGGGGAGCCCACUGAGGCUAUCCCAGAGUACACCACAGAGGAAGAACGGCAGGAUGCCAAACUGUGGAGGUCCGUCAUCAUCGGCGAGCAGGAGCACCGCAUUGACAUGAAGUGCAUCGGGCCAUACCAGAGAGUCAUCUCCCAUGGAGGUUAUUAUGGUGACCUCAAUGCCAUCAUUGUGUUUGCCGCAUGCUUUCUGCCUGACAGCAACCGGGAUAAUUACCAUUAUAUUAUGGAGAACCUCUUCCUCUAUGUGAUAAGCACCCUGGAGCUUAUGGUAGCAGAGGACUACAUGAUCGUGUAUCUGAAUGGAGCCACCCCACGCAGGAGAAUGCCUGGCCUGGGCUGGCUGAAGAAGUGCUAUCACAUGAUAGACAGGAGGCUCAGGAAGAAUCUGAAAUCCUUCAUCAUUGUUCACCCUUCUUGGUUCAUCAGAACCAUCCUUGCGGUCACCAGGCCCUUCAUCAGCUCAAAAUUCAGCAGCAAGAUUAAGUAUGUCAACAGUUUGGCAGAACUGAGUGAGCUGAUCCCCAUGGAGUAUGUGCACAUUCCAGAGAGCAUAGUCAAGCUGGAUGAGAAGCUAAAGGAAGCAGCAGAGAUGGAUAAACUCAACAGCUUUCUGAAUGGACCAGAGCCUGCUUCUGGCCAACUGGACACCGACAAAAGCCUCAACCCCAGCGUCUCCUAGACACGACUGUCUGCAAGCUGUGCUCACAGUGCAACACAUCCUCAUCUGAAGACUUAUCUGCAGUGUAAUUCAUUGUAUAUUCUAGUGAUGUAGAUGCACAUGAUAGAUCAUUUAUCUGAAGUUAACCUCAGGUAAGAUAAUCUGAAUUCUUUCCAGCAGCACUGCUGAUUUAAGUUAAGACCCAGUAUUUAAUUUUUAAAAAUUAUUUUAUUAUAUUAAAUUAUAGCAUAUAGAGUAAUUUCUGACAUUACUGAUGCAUUUGAACAGCUGCAUAUUUUGAGCAGAAAUGUUGCCACCCAAAUUCAUAUGACCUACCCUGACAAUUGGCAGCUGAGUCAGCAGUAUACUGGUGGUGACUUGAAUGACAGAAUUGAAUAAGCUUCAAUGUAACUGAAAAGAAAAAACCAUUCCCACUUUGGCACUCUUUCGUUUGCAAUUGAAAUUUGUCAGUGAAUACCCUGAGAUAUGCCGGGAUUUCCUAAUAACGAUAAAGAUCACCUGGCCACUUGCCUGAUUUCUGUUUGUGAAGUUUUUUUUUUUUUUGCUUAAUAUUUUAAAAGAUUUGUUUCCAGUUUUCCAUGUCUCCUCACUCAUUGGUGUCAUGAUAUGAAUAAUGUUUAUUAUCAUAUUGUUUUUCAGCGAUAUUUUAACAUGUCCGGCAUUGUGCAUGCUCUCUCACAGAAUCAGGACCUGUACUCGAACCUCAAACAUGCACAUGUGCUAUUCUGUUGGUGUGUGGAAGAUGACGGUAGCCCCCAAAUGUACCUCCAGUGGGUACUAAUCAUAGCUUUCCACACAUCCUUUUCACACCACACUCAUAGUUUGUUUGGCAAACACUGACAUGCACGGAAUACGUAGACGAAUGGGAGAGCCAUUCUAAUGUUAGCUAGAGUGGCUGAUUCAUAUUUUGUCCUUUUUUUGUUUAAGUAUUGGCAAUAAGUCGAUAUAUGUUCAAUACAGAUAACCAUUAUGAAUGCAUGGGAAAUUUGUUCUUUAUUGAAAUUCCACUUAAAGGCCAUGGAAAAUGAAAUAUAAUUUUUACUUUGCUAAUAUAUAUUUUAAAAAUGUGUGUUUUAUAUGUAUAUGAAAACAGCAAAUCUCAGUAAAUCAGUCCAGGAUUGUCUGCAUGUUGGCCCUGAUGUAUGUAUACUUCGGAAGGAGCUCAGUUCUGUACAAUUUCUACUACAAGAAAACAACAUCUGGAUUGGGGGACUUUAUUAAAAUCUCGUGCAUCAUGUCACUUAUACAAAUUGAAUAAAUGUUGCAAGGUCUGCCGGUCAUGUGCUUGGACAACCUUUGAACUUACGUACAGAUGAUUACUGUUAACAGUAUUUGUGGUGUGUCAUUGUCUUAUUUUUUUCAAACAUCAGUAGCAUGACGUGAUGAAAUUCCAUCUAAACGUUGACAUGAAGUAGGAGUUUUCUUAUAGAAAAAGGCAAUCAAGGGUGAAUAAAGUGAAAUACCCAAAUGUCUUGUUGAAUGCCAGUCCAUCUCAAUGUUAUCAAUCCGGCGAAGUUCUAUUGUAAUGGAUUUAUCAUUACUAGAACAACAUUUUACCCUGGGUUAGACUGGCAUCUCAUUCAGGUGUGUCUCCUGCCCUGUUCCUUGUGUUUCCUGGGACAGGCUCUCUGUCCUGCAGUGAGGCUAAUUGGCAUCUCUAGAAUUGAGUGAGUGAGUGUGUGUGUGUGUGUGUGUGUGUGCGCGCACGUACACACACCCUGCAAUGGACUGGCCCCCCGUCCAGAGUGCACCCUGCCUUGUGCCCUCUGCUGCCCAGCAUAGGCUCCAGAUCCCCCUAUGACCCUGACUGGGAUGAUGGGUUUUUAGCUAACAUUUCCAAAGUUGAUUUCUAAUUUUAAAAAAUACUAAAAAGAGACUAAAUUUGGACAGUACAGUAGGGUUAGAGUUAGGCUGUGGGCUGAUAUUAGGGCAUAAGGAUAUAUUCAUGAGACAGUGACAAAAUAGUAGGUUUGAGUAAUCCACUGCAAAUCUUUUUUAUAUAACAUGCAAAAAUGCACCAAAUCCAGUGAGUAUAUGUGCAAUGAUAUAAAAUUAAAUUUACAAAUAUACACAGUAUACAGGGAAAUGUGUCAAAAAGUUACAUGGAUCAGGUUUAAUAAGACUGGAUUAGGCAAGUAGGAGAAACGAAACUAAGCAAAGUACUGAGCCAGGGUAUAACUGUAUGGGUACAGCUAUGGAAUAAAGAGCCUUCACCUUCUACCCAUCAUUGUUCAGAAACAAAUAUGUUUAACAUGGACAGUUACUUUAUAAAAUGAUUUAAACAAUAAUAAGAGUUUUACUAUUGAAAACUGUAAUAAAUGUGCCCAUGAAAUUCACAACAAGAUUAACCUGUAAAAACACAUGCCUUAUAUUUCUUUGUGGUUGUGAUAACAAUGACGUAAUUAAUUACAGGUUUUAACAAUGUGAUGCCUAAAAGAUAAGUAAAAUAAUCAGCCACUCCU